AUGGGGUUUAAUAUUAUGUCUAAUCAUUUCUUGGAACCGACACGAAACCAAGAGCAGUUUACAAAAGAAAAUGCGUUUUUAACAGCCAUCGUUUCAUCAGGUAUUUUACACACAAUAACAAAAAAUUGUUCUCGUGGCGAUAUUAAGGCGUGCAAGUGUCAUCCUAAACCACAAAGCCUGAUACAAGAGUCUGUUUUCCAGACUGUGGAAAUUUUAGGACAAUCAAAGCCUAAAAAAGAAGAAAUGGAAAAAAUUGAUUGGACUUGGGGUGGUUGCUCAGACGACACAACAUAUGGCAAUGCAUUUUCCAAAUAUAUUACGAGUAGGAAUAACGAUAGCACAAAUGCCAUUGUUGAGCACCAUAAUAAUAAAAUAGGACGACAAGUAAUCCGUGAGUCAAUGGUAAAAAAAUGCAGAUGCCAUGGCGUGUCAGGCAGUUGUUCCUUGCAAACUUGUUGGGUACAAAUUGCCCCAUUUUACAUUAUAUCAGCAAAACUAAAAGAAAAAUAUAAUAAAGCUAUCUUGGUUAAUUCUGAGCAAUUUGCUGAGGAAAGGAACAGAACUAUAAGAGAACUAAAGAAUAAUUUAGUUUAUUUGGACCAAUCUCCCAAUUAUUGUCAUGCCAAUAAUAAAAUAGAUUGGCCAGGUACCAAAGGCAGGACUUGUUCUAGAUCUUAUACCUCUACAACCAUUGCAGAAAAAAGAAGUUGCCGGCACCUUUGCAGAUCAUGCGGCUUAAGAGUCCGCCAAAAUGUCAGAAAAGUUUUAUCAAAAUGCAAGUGUACUUUUGCUUGGUGUUGCGAAGUAAAAUGCCAAUCUUGUAAGGAAUUGGUAACCGAUUAUGUAUGUGAAUAG